UAGAGCUCAAUAUCUCCAUUAAUGUUUCAUUAAAUGCUUUUAUAAAGAGUUUUAAGCCUGGAACCAAGCCAACCAGCUAUGAGAUUAAUCAUGACCAUAAAACUACAUGUAAGGCAGCACAAGCACAUAUAAACCUGUAAUUGUAGUGUAAGCUGUUAUUUGGGCUCAGCAUGGAUUCCCUUAGAUGACUUUUAAUUUUAUAUUUUCAAUAAAAAAGAAUCGGACAAACCAGCCAACCCGUGUUGUUUCCUGGAUACCAGCAAGUGCAGGAACUCAAACAUAUGUCAAGGGUGAGUCAUAGAACAGGAAAUAUUCUCUGAACCACAGAUGCUUUGUAUCUGUUUCUAUCUAUUCUAUCUCACACCCAGUAAGAGAAGGAGCUGUACUAACUGUCCAGAAGACAAUGACGAACGCAUCUUGUCAAAGUAUCAUAUUUGACUUUACAGGCAGAUUCCUGCCUCCUGUUUACAUCUUAGUCUUCAUCAUUGGUCUGGUAGCUAAUGGAUGGGGAUUGAAGUCUUUGCUGCACAACUGGAAGAAACUAAAGAUCAUCAAUGUUUUUGUUCUCAACCUCGGACUUGCUGAUAUUCUGUACCUGCUCACACUCCCCUUUUUGGUGGCGUACUACUUUAUGGAGAGCAAGUGGAUCUUUGGAGACGCAUUCUGCAAGAUAACAAGAUUCUGCUUCAACCUGAAUUUAUAUGGCAGUAUCGGGUUCCUUACUUGUAUAAGUGUGUACAGGUACCUGGCUAUUGUCCAUCCAGUGAGAUUGAUAGGAAGAUUAACUCUGACUCACUCUGUGCGGAUCUCAGUCAUGGUUUGGUUUUUAGUCAGCGUUCAAAGUCUUCCGGACAUGUUCUACAGCAAAACAUUUGGAAACAACACUGAGAAAUGCUUCGAUACCACCUCUAACAUCUAUGUGGAUGAUUACCUGAAAUACAGCCUUGGAUGGACAGUCAAUGGGUUUUGUAUCCCAUUGCUCAUCACACUGGGCUGCUAUGGACAUGUGAUUGUCGUUCUCUGCAGCACAAAUACCACUGACAAGGUACUGAAGUUGUUGUUCAUCGUGAUUCUUCUCUUCUCUGUUUGUUACAUCCCCUAUCAUGUACUGAAGAACCUCAACCUCUGGUCAAGAGUUCUGCAAAAACAGAAGAUAUGUCGUAAAUGGUCUAAUGGAGUCUACAUUGCUCCUCAGAUAAGUCGUGGCCUUGUGUGUCUGAACAGUGCUCUCAACCCUCUGGUUUACCUCCAUGGAAAUGAAGAUAUUCCUGCUCAGCUCAGACAGCUGCUCCAGCAAGUUCGUCAGAUGUUCAGCCGUCCGCCUCCAACUAACUCUGCUGGUGUGCCUAUGGCACAAAUCACAGAUGGAGCUCGUGUGAAGCUGUGUAAACUUAGAGCGCCACAAGACUGGAAAGAGAGGGAGGAGAGGAAAACGAGGGGAAAGACUUGGGGGUGGAGGUGUGUGUGUGUGUGUGUGUGUCUGGAAGUGGAAAUGGGCAGCAGGGAGGAGGAAUGUGAAACAUUUCUGAUGCCGGUCCAGCGGCUGUUUACACGGUAGUCAGACUGUGACAU